CGAGCAAUUGCUCUUGCUACACUUUCUUUGCACGGAAGAGAAAAUCAUGGAACCUAGCUCAAGAACUAUGUAUUCAAACUCAAGGCAACCUCGUAUCUAUAGAAACGCAGAGAGAAUGGGAAUUUGUCAACUCAAAAAUCCAAACGAGGAACUUCAGCGAAAACGAGUGGUGGAUUGGCCUGAGGAAGGACCAUGGAGAAUGGCAAUGGAAAAGUGGGCCGUUGCUUAGGAUUGAUAAAUGGCAGAAAACAGUCGGAGAGCCUAACCAGGAUGGAAAAUGCGCUGCUAUGGCGAAGAAUUACCCUGCUGGGACGCAGGGUCUAUUCAAAGACAUGCCAUGCGAUUCCAAAAGAACAUUUAUUUGCGAAUAUGAUAUCAGAAGAGACAUGUGUAGAUGGAUUAGUUCCAGGUACGUUUACUGCCAUGGCAACGACUCACAACAGUAUGAAGUAUCCAAACCAAUCUAUGUUAACAAUACAGCUACACGAAAAGCAGGCACUUACGAAAGUUGCACUAUUGAUCACAAAAUCAUCAGCAAUAAAUGCAGACACAGAAGCUCAAACUUCGAGAAAGAAAAAAACGACAAUAGCAAGUCCAGUAACUUUCACAUCACCUACGACACCAUGGACGACUACCGGACACCUUCUCCAGACAGGCAUAAUGAGUGGGAAAAAAAAGUCAUACGAUUGACUGAUAAGGGAAAAAGGAGAUGUUAACGCUGCUCAUUUUAACCAUUCAUAUUUUUAUGCAUAUUUCAUCCAUCUUCUAUUCUCUCAUCCAUUCGUUUUAAAAUUUAUACAUUCAAACAAUCGUACCGUACUAAGUGCAUAUAGGGCGGAUUUCGUAUGAGUGGGACACCGUUACCGCACGGUUACCGCACAGUUACCGAACCUGGCCUGCACAAUUUUGGUGAACCAAUGGGGCACUAGAAUUUGUUACAGUACGAUUACGGUCACAGUACAGUACCGUCCGUUUCCCACUCAUACGAAAUCCGCUCUAUCAGUAGGAGUCCAGGGGAAAUGCGGAUCUUUUGUGCAGAAAGACCUUUUGAAGCAAAUAAUAUGUGUUAGAUUUCAUCUUCUUUUGUGUUUGUUACAAUAAAUGAAUAAACAAAUAGUACAAAAAUGUGAUUUCAUAUCGUAUAGUACCACGUAAUGUGAUUUUAUAUCGUAUAGUACCACGUAAUGUGAUUUCAUAUCGUAUAGUACCACGUAAUGUGAUUUCAUAUCGUAUAGUACCACGUAAUGUGAUUUCAUAUCGUAUAGUACCACGUACUGUGAUUUCAUAUCGUAUAGUAUACUACGUUAAUUUAUUCAAAUUUCCUAAUUUUUCUCCACAGCUUGGGAAGCCAAGAGUUACUCAUCACUUAUACCGCAGAGACUUGAUCUGGCAUUGUCCAGGGUCAUUUUUUUCUUCUCUCUCAAGAUGAUGAACUUUAUUCAGUGCAAAACUCAAAGCAUCAGAUUGCUUGAUUGCUUGAUUGUGCACAUGUUAUUUUAAUAACAAAUCAUCACAAGAAAUUAGUAAUAUUUUCUAAUGACAGAUUGUCGGUUUUUGAUGCUGAAACUCGUGAACAAACUAAAUGAAAUAGAUAUGCUAGUUUGUGAUGUUAUUAUACUCGUAGAUAAAUAAACAUUAUUACAUUCACA